AUGCCUGUCUCUAAGGGAAACACCAUCACCAUCCCCACCCAGUUCCUCGGCGGCGCGGAGGGCAAGAAGGUCACCGUCCGGUGGCAGCAGACCUUCCGCGACCGCCACGAGGACUACUGGAUCUGCAAGUGGACGAACAAGACCAACCCCGGCGACCAGGGCGUCAUCUUCGUGCAGGCCAGCAAGCUCGAGCAGCUGAAGUCACGCAAGGUCGACGGCGACGACCUCACCGUCGUCGUCAGCGACGAGUUCCAGUACGGCCAGAAGAAGGACCAGACCAACCGCUUCCUGGUCUACCACGACAAGUCCAACAAGCCCUAUCAGCACCGCUUCAUGGAAAAUACCCUGACCUCCCUCGGUUCCAAGGGCGCCGACUUCGUUAUCAGCCUCGGAUACUCCGACGUCUCCAAGGUCGAGGAUAUCCUCAAGCACUUCAUCGGUGACUACCUCAAGGACUUUUAG